AUGUCAUCAGAACUCAUCGCCAGUCACCGUGAGGGCGCCAUCGUAGUCACCGGAGAAGAGGCGAUCAAGCAAAAAGCCGCCGAGCUCACGAAGAAUGCCUUCCUCCCAUCAGGCCUAAUUCCACUAGGCGAAAUCGUGGAGAUCGGGCACAACCCUACUACCGGCUUCUUCUGGACUCUUCGCAAGAAGAAGUUGGAACAUUUCAACAAAAAGAUUAACAAGAAGUCGACGUUCGACACGGAGGUCACGGCGUUUAUAGAGGAGAGGAGGAUGAGGAAGGUGACAGGUGUCAAGUCCAAGGAGCUCAUGCUUUGGGUUUCCAUUACUGAUAUUCGCAUUGAUGAUCCGGCUUCUGGGAAGAUCAUCUUCACUGCCACUGCUGGUAUUACCAAGACCUUCUUGGUCUCGGCUUUCGAGGACGAGGAGGAGGAGAAGAAGGUGGAGGUAGAGGUGGAGGCGGAGACGGUGGAGGCGGUUAAGGAGGUGUCUGAGCCUGAAAAAGAGGAGGCAGAGGUGAAAAAAGUGGAAGAGGUUGAAAAGGUAGUGGAGGUCAAGAACUAA